AUGAAACCAGCAAGCCCGCGAGAGGACCAUCUUCUGAAGAAUUCAGACGUGUCGCCCGUUGAGUCGCUUGUGGCUGGCUCAAUUUCGGGUGCCGUGGCCAGAGCUGUCACUGCUCCAUUGGAUACCAUCAAGAUCAGACUACAGCUACUGCUUAGUCGUGAUAAGCACUCUAGCUUGGCACUGACAGUUAAGAAACUACUUAGGAACGAAGGUGUGACGGCGUUGUGGAAAGGUAAUGUUCCUGCUGAGAUCCUCUACGUCUUAUAUGGAGCUUCCCAAUUCACGUCAUAUUCUCUCCUUAACACGGGUCUUCGUGAUUUACAAGACUCGUUCAAUGUCUCAAUGAGCCCGCUGCUUCAUACAUUUACCGUGGGCUGUGGCGCUGGCUUGAGCAGCACUGUCUUGACAUACCCGUUCGACUUGCUUCGAACAAAACUAGCAGCUAAUGAGGGAGAAAAGUUCUUGUCAAUGACUUCCGUUGCUAGAGAUAUAUACCGUGAGAGGGGCUUUAUUGGAUACUUUGCGGGUAUACGGCCAUCGCUUCUCUCCAUUGUUGCAUCGUCUGGGUUGUUCUUCUGGUCCUAUUCGCUAGCAAGAAGAACCACAGACAAGAUAUACGAGCAGUUUGGCUACCGCAUAUGGGGAGUCGAAGCUGUGUGUGGUUUUGCCGCAGGUACCACUGCUAAAGCUAUAACGUUCCCCUUAGACACAUUGAGAAAACGAAUGCAAAUCAGUCAGCAGAGGAGUGGCUUGAGAGUUUUCAUCAACAAUUUCAAAGCUCAUGGCUUCUUCGGUUUCUACAGAGGCUUCUUCGUGUCGCUCAUGAAAACAGCACCCACCAGUGCCAUAUCCGUUUUCGUAUAUGAAUAUUCCAUCAGCGCCACAAGGAAAGCCAGCGUCCUCAUUUAA